AUGGAACAGCUAACAAAUGAUAAAGCAAAAUUGUUGGAUGCAAUUGAAAAAUUGGAUAUUAAAAAAGAAAAUGAAAUUAUUAAAGCUCACGAAAAGGUGAAUCGGGAUUUUGGAAAUAUUUUCUCUACACUAUUACCUGGCGCAAGUGCGAAACUGGAGCCUCCGGCAGGUGCCAAAUCAGCACUGGGUGGCCUAGAAGUCAAAGUUGCCUUCAGAGACAAGUGGAAGGAUUCACUUGGCGAACUGUCUGGUGGUCAGCGCUCGUUGGUAGCACUCUCUUUAGUACUUGCAAUGCUGAAAUUUAAGCCAGCUCCAAUAUAUAUCUUGGAUGAAGUAGACGCUGCACUUGACCUUUCCCAUACGCAAAACAUUGGUGCUAUGAUCAAAACGCAUUUCAAAGAAUCACAGUUUAUAAUAGUAUCGCUGAAAGAUGGUAUGUUUAAUCACGCAAAUGUUCUAUUCAAAACGCGUUUCGUUGAUGGUACUUCGACAGUGGUUCGAACCGAGAAUAAGGAUCAAUGGGUUAUCGAUGAGCCGAUGGAAAUACGCGGUAUCGGAAAAGAAAAUAACAGUAAUGCUCCAGCGAAGCGGCGAAGGGAUUAA